ACCGUGUACAGUGUUGUUGACUUGCACCUCAGCGUCACGUAGUGGUGAGAGUGAUCCCGAGACACUCACCCUCGCUUAAAGAACUGCCCUUUGCUCGUGGAUAACUCAACUGUCUUGUAGUGAUCGCUGGUCGUUUGUGAAGCUGUGUGUGUCUUGUCUCCUGCCAUGUUCUCUUGAAAUAGGACACCCAAGGUUGUACAGCACACACACACAUACUCACCCACGCGCAGCAGAAGGUUAUAGCAUCAUGAGCAGGCAAGGGGUUGCAUCGCAAACUUGGGCCAUGCUCACCGGACGAUUCUCUGUGCAGAUGCUGUUGGCCGCUGUUGCUGCUGCGUUUUUGACGACGUUUGCUCUUGUGAGACUUGAUGUCUUUCCUUCUUAUCCUCGCGACACUUACAUCUACAGAACAGCCGACUUGGUAAACAUUAAAGAUGUUCCGCCCCAGUCGAUGGCCCGUUCCGUUGGACCCGAAGACGUGGUGGUCCCUUUUGACUCGCUAAUGAAGGGACCUCUCACCAUCGACCAAGACGAUCCAAGACUCAUCCAGAGAAUCAAGAGCCAGUACCUAUACCCUCCGUCGGACCUUCCCUACACGCUCGCCAACAAAGCCAAGGAUGACCCAUCGAUGGGGCAGUCGAAGAAAAUACGCGAGAUCUUGGGAGAAAAGACGGACGGAUUCUUCAUCGAGUGCGGAGCGUUGGACGGCGAAACGCGAUCGAACACCUUGGUCUUCGAGAAACGCUACGGCUGGAAGGGAGUCCUGAUUGAAGGGGAUCCGAAGAACUUUAAUCUGAUGAAGGAAAAGCAUCGGAAAGCGUGGUCCGUUAACGCCUGCUUGAGCACCCAUCCUUAUCCUAAUACAGUAAUGUUCAAACAGAGCUUCAACAUUGGGAAAAUCAGUUCGCUGGAGACUGGCCACGAGCACAGAGGUUUUGCCGAAGUCCAGUGCCUGCCUUUAUAUUCUAUCCUCCUCGCCCUCAACACCACCAAGGUCGACUACUUCAGCCUCGACGUCGAAGGAGCUGAACUCGACGUCUUGCGAACGAUUCCUUGGGAUAAAGUCGACGUUACGACGCUCUCCGUGGAAUUCAUCCACGACAAAGAGGGCAAAGACGCCAUCAAGUGGUACAUGGAAGGCAACGGGUAUAAAGUGUAUUCGGAAGUCACUCACCCGGGUAGUCUGGCCAACGACUUCAUCUUCGUUAAAAAAGAUUUCCAGAUCAACAAAGUUCAAAGUUAACAAGUUGGGAAUGUAUAUUGGUACAUUUUAAGAUUCUCUUUUUUCGUUCAUUUUAUUUAUUUAUUUUUUAUUGAUGAUUAUUUUUAUGUGUGUGAUUUGAUGUUUUUUUUUUCUUUUUUUUUCUUUCUUUUUUUUGUAUUGAUUUUCGAGAACGUGUCGAAAGUGUCGAUACGUUGGACUCGUAAACAAAACACCGGAUGGAAUAACAGGAUAGUGGAAUGACAAGAAUCUUAACGUUAUUAUGUGGAUAUAUGUUUUUUUUUCUUGUGUUUGUUUCUUUUGGAAAGUGUGUGACGGGCAUUUUGCAAAGGGCAUGGGCUUAAUAUAUCUCUCCUUCUUGCUCUCUUCCACAUAUCGAUUGGUAUAUCUACCAGUUCAGUAAGUUGGUUCAUUUUUUGUGGUUAUUUUAUUUAAAGAAACAGAAGAAUGUGAGAUAGGUAGAUGUUAUAGCAGUAUUAAUGAAUGUAAAACCGAAAUGAAUGUUUUACUGUAUAUGUAUGUUUAUAUCUAUAUAUAUAUUUAUAUAUGUGUAUAUAUAUACCUAUAUAUAUGUGUGUGUGUGUGUGUGUACAUACAUAAACAUACACGUGUGUGUGUGUGUGUGUAAAUGUUUGUAUGUCUAUAUAUAGUGUGUUGAUAUAUAUGUAAUCUUAACAUCAAUCCCCAAUGCAACUAUAACAAGGUUAUAGCUAUAGCAUUUAUUUUUUUCCUGUUGUAAAUUCCGUACGGUUAUCAUUUUCUGGCCGUUAUUUAUUUCCUAAUGUUCAUGUGAUCACCUGUCUCUGAAGCACCGGAAUCUGAACUGCACAAAGGUGUGUGAUUAGAAGAGGCAAUUGAUAUUCAUACAGGCUCUGCAACACCAUUCUUCCAUCAUUUAUCCAUUUGAGGUUUUUGUCACGAGAAAAAAAAUACAAUCAUAUCUUUUAUAUUUGUCAGAUUGUGCGAAAAAGUUAUGCAGAAUUCAGUGUGUGUGUGUGUGUGUGUGUGUGUGUGUGUGUGUGUGUGAUAUUUAUAUAUCUAUGUAUUAUUUAUGAUUGUCCAUAUAUUUUGUUUUUCUAAAGCAUACAACACAUUUUCAGCGUGACUUCUCCGAUAUUCGAUUGCUGCACAUUGAUAAUUUCAUGGGUGUGAUGAUUAUUGAAACAUUUCCUUAGAAUUAUAGAUGACAUUACUCUAAUUCGAAAUACUUGUAAAUACAAUCUAUUUCUUGAAUAGGUCAUAUGUGUUCCUCUGGAUUCGUAACUCCUCUAACCCAAACUUUUCUGUUCAACAUCAUUAUAACAUUCAGAGGAACUUUUGAUUAUCAUACUGUUUAACAUUGGGUUCAAGCACACACACACACACACACACACACACACACACACACACACACACACACACACACACACACACACACACACACACACACACACAAUUAUAUCAGCUAAUUAGGUUACGUAUUUUAAGUGCAACACCUAACUUGUCAAGUAAGUAAAAUAUAUAUAUAUUUAUAUAUAUAUAUAUAUAUAGGUAUGUAUAUAUAAAUCAGAAAGAUAUUUGCAAAGCAUUGAUAUAUUCUGUCAUGGAACAACUUUAAUCACUCCUGUGUUAUUUUGUUGUACCGUUUUUUAUUACUGACGGAAACAAAAUUCAGUUCCUCACACUGACAAAUUACUUCACAUUCCAUUCAUAACAAUCGUUCAUAAAAUCAUCAUUAUUAUUAAAGACAGUUGUUGUGACAACGACUUAAAGGUACUAACAUCAUUGUCAGUAUAGUACAAGCACUUUUAGUUGUGACGACGGUAUUUUUUCGAUGUAAUGAAGUGUUAUUACAAUUACUGUGAACUCUCCUACUUUUUCUUCGUCUACUACCACCACUACUACUACAUCUAAUCCUACUACGAGCGGAAAUACUAUUACUGAUCUCUGCUGAUACACGUAAGGUAUUUCAGCUGUAUCAGGUAUAACUGCAUGCGCAUCAUUAUUCACCAAUUAUUAUAUUCAUACUAUUCAUUGUUAUAGUUUCAUUGUUCAUUAUCCAUGUUGAUUACAUUGAUUUUUUUUCCAGACUUGAUAGCUGUGAUCGUAACUGUCAAAUUCACAUAGCUCAUCAACAUAUUUCUGUCAUUAGUACAACUACUGUAAUGAUAUUUGUGGUAUCUAGACACAUGUAUUUAUUUACCUUUAUGAAAUUUAAGUGAGAGUGAAUUAUAGAUAACGAGUGAUAUUGACAUGUUUCAUAGUUCAUUCGUUUUCUAAUGUGCCCAGUGUUGGCCUUUGGAGGUACUGUUCAAGGAGACAAAAGCUCCUUGUGAGACGUUUUUACAUAUUCAAGUCAUCUUAAAGUAGGGUGCAGCUAGAGUUUGAUUUUAUAGUGUUUUAUAUAUACAUAUAGAUGUUGGAGACAAUGCAUAUUUUCUAGUGCAUGUGUGAUUUGAAAUAAAUAUAUGUAUAUUUGAA